GAUCUCUAUCAUUGCAUCAGGCAUCAACAUGCUCCUGGUUAGUGGGAUAUGACGCUUGUGUUUCGCUUGAUUUUAUGCGUUCGAUUGCAUUUGUCGCUGCUGGAUUGAUCAAAUAUAGAGGAUCUUACUGUUCAGCGGUCGCUGGUCGACUAAGAAUCGAAAUGUGUAAAGAACCGAAGACUAAACUGCUCCGCUUGUACCCGCUAACCUCCAACGGACCGACGGUUCAUCAAGAGACCCGAACAGAUGACUCUGAAAUCCUGAGCUGCACAGUGAAGGCCCUGAAAGACGGUCACAUUGUUGCAGUGCCGACAGACACUAUCUACGGUCUGGCAUGUUUGGCCCAAAACUCUGAGGCUGUCAAAAAAAUCUACGAAGUGAAAGAACGGAACGGACAGAAGCCGCUGGCGAUCUGUGUUGGAGAAAUUCGGGAUAUCUAUCAGUACUGUAAGGUGAAGGUGAAAGAGGAUCUUCUAGGUGAUUUGCUGCCUGGUCCCGUCACUCUUGUGUUUGAAAGAUCUGAAAAGCUGAAUGCAAAUCUCAAUCCUUUUACUUCACUUGUAGGCGUUCGUAUUCCUGAUCAUGCCUUUAUGAGGCGCCUCUGCCAGAUGUGUGGGGAACCAUUGGCACUGACGAGUGCCAACAUCAGCUCAAAUACCAGCACAGUGGAAGUACAUGAGUUUCAGGAGCUCUGGUCAAAACUGGCUGUGGUGGUGGAUGGAGGACCAAUAGGAGACCAGACCCGACAGGGGUCAACUGUUAUUGAUCUGUCGAUAUUUGGUAAAUACAGAGUCAUCAGACCAGGCUGUGCCCUUUCUGCCACGCUUGACGUGUUGGAGCACAAAUACGGACUGUCAGAGAACUCAAAGGAGGAAUGACCUUUAAACCCUACGCACUCCAAACGCACGCUAAGACGCACAACCAGUUCUGGCCCAAAGAUACUCAGGAAACUAAGCGUAUGAGAGUUGGACAUUCCCAUGGAAAACAAAAAAUGUAGGGAAAACCUAAAUCUGUCAUUGCAGAUGGUGGCUCUCUUCUCAAACUGAGAGUUGCUUUUUUUUGGCAAUUUGUUUUGUUUGUUUCUUUAGUUUUGUUUUUUGCUUAACCACUGAUCAUGAUGUGGUGCAGAGGUUCAACAUGUCUCUGUUCAGUUUAUUCAGGAAUUCAAUAAAUGAAAUGAGCUGAAUCUUCUGUAAUAUUUUUCUCUUUAAAUCUUUUUAUGUGAAACUUUUUAUUGUGUGCCUAAAUUGUCCUGAAAGGAUUAGUCUUCAAUAAAUCAUUUAUUAUUGUAACUCAGCCACAGGUAUUUUAUAUCUGACUUAUUUUACCAUUUGUUGUUCCAUUUGUCUUCUUUCAUCCUUAAUUGGACCUGGGUUUUUUUAUACCUUAAUUUCAUCAUCCUUUUAAUGUAGUACUAUAAUAAAAGCUUUAUUUAUCUUUUCACUGUGUAUUAAAAACUUUAUAAGCCUUUGCAAACAUUUUAAAGAUGAUAUUAAGUACAUAUUUAUCGAAUGUUCAUGGACAAUAAAAUCACUUAACGUAUAAAUUCUCACUGCAGGGUUUCACAAAAAAAUAAAAAGAUUCUUCCAGUGUUGUCUGCAUUUUUGUUGACAUCAAAAGAAACAAGCAGGAUUAGGCUAACUAAAGUUAGCCCAAACAGCUGAUUCAGAAAGGUUUGCUUUAACAAGUAACAGUCCUUGG